CCUGUCCUUAACACCCACUAAACUUCAACACCCAAGGGCAUGGAUACAUCUGUCAACCACCUCCCGACAUGACAGAAAAGACCCGGGAGGAUAGCAAGACUAUCGUCUUCUUGCACCCCGACCUGGGAAUAGGCGGGGCCGAGAGAUUGGUCGUUGACGCCGCUGUUGGAUUGCAGAAUCGUGGACACAAAGUCGUUAUAUUCACCAGCCACUGCGAUCCGAAACAUUGCUUCGACGAGGCGAGAGAUGGAACCCUCGACGUCCGCGUCCGCGGCAACACCCUAAUCCCUCCCUCCCUCCUCUCGCGCUUCAGCAUCCUCUGCUCCAUCCUGCGACAACUCCACCUCAUCGUACAGAUCUCCCUAACCUCCGAGUUGCAAGCCCUAAACCCCACCGCCUUCUUCGUCGACCAACUCAGCGCCGGCGUUCCUCUCCUCCAACUCCUGCACCCGCAAGCGCGCGUGCUCUUCUACUGCCACUUCCCGGACCUGCUGCUCGCGCAGGGCCGACAGAGGUGGUGGAAGCACGCGUACCGCGUCCCGUUCGAUGCGUGGGAGCAGUGGAGCAUGAGUUUCGCCGACGCUAUCGCCGUCAACUCGAAGUUCACGAAGGGCGUUGUAGGACGCACUUGGCCCGCGCUGGUCGCCCGGAAGGAGCUGGACGUGGUGUACCCCUGCGUCGACACCGCUACGAGGGAGAAGAGCGAGGCUGGGCGGCCGUUGUGGAGGGGGAAGAGGUUUCUGUUGAGUAUUAACCGGUUUGAACGGAAGAAGGAUAUCGCGCUGGCUAUUAAGGCGUUUGCGGGGUUGAGCGCGCAGGCGAGGAGGGGGGUGAGGUUGGUUGUGGCCGGGGGGUAUGAUCCUCGGGUUUCGGAGAACGUGGGGUAUCAUACUGAGCUGGUGGAUUUAACUGAAGGGUUGGGGUUGAGUGCUAUGACGACCAAGACGCAUCUUACUGCGCUGGAAGUCCCUGAUGAUGUCGAGGUCCUCUUUUUGCACUCUGUGCCGAAUUUAUUGAAGGAGACGCUGCUUUCUUCGGCGAGGCUUCUGGUUUAUACCCCCGCGAACGAACACUUUGGCAUUGUGCCUCUGGAGGCUAUGCUUGCUGGUGUUCCGGUUCUAGCGGCGGAUACGGGUGGGCCUACGGAGACGGUGGUCGAGGGGAAGACGGGGUGGUUGCGAUCUCCGGAUAAGGUGAAUGAAUGGACGGAGGUCAUGGAUAAAGUACUAAAUCACAUAUCCGAGGAUGAGUUUGCGGCGAUGUCGAAAGCUGGGAUCGCGAGGGUUAAAGAAAAUUUCGGCGAAGCGCAGAUGGCAGAGCGGUUAGACUCAAUUGUAGUACAGGCCUUGCGCGAGCCUAAGACGUGGUCGUGGACGCCGACGGUGGCGCUUAUGCUAGGGGCUUUAGGCGCUGUAGGUGCUGUGCUAGCGGUGGUUGGUAGUUUACUGCUGCAGAACAAGGAGUAGAGGGUAGGCAAAGCUACAUUUCGCGGCAUACUUAAGAAGCAUGCUGCAUUUCAUUGUAUUAUACCUAGUUAAAUGCGAUGGAUACCCUUAAUUAAACCCAUUAUUACUUA